AGCAGCAGCAAGGCUCUGCUUGACCGGCAACAUCAUUCACACCUGACAAGCUGAAGCGGCUACUCUCAGCUGUAUCUGCAAGCUGUCCAUUUUCUUCUUAAAUUUAUGUCUGUAGAGGAUCAGAAAAAAAAAAAAACGUCUGUAACUGAAGGUGUGUUACCAUGUUGGAAUUAAAUAAGAUGGCAAUCCUGCUGUCUUUCCUGGCUUCACUGGCUUUGGGCCAAGGAUCUGUGAGGACCAGGAGUCAGUCAGACAGGAGCAGGAGAGGGGCCCUCAACACGUUCACUGACACACAGACAACAGGCGUGACAGAGUGGACGUCUUGGUUCAACAUCGACCAUCCUGGAGGGAAUGGAGAUUAUGAGCGCCUGGAAGCGAUCCGUUUCUAUUACAGGGAGAGAGUUUGUGUGCGGCCCAUGGCAAUGGAGGCUCGCACUACAGACUGGGUGGCAGCAGCAGACACUGGGGAAGUGGUCCACUCCAGUCUGGAGAAGGGCUUCUGGUGCAUCAACAAGGAACAGCCCCAAGGCCGCAUCUGCUCCAACUACCAUGUUCGCUUUCAGUGUCCCCCAGUGCAGAGCUACUGGACUGACUGGAGUGAGUGGGGUUCCUGUUCAACCACAGUUUGUAAUGAUGUCGGCAUCCAGGUCCGUCAGAGGGAAUGUGUGAACACUCAGCCCAUGCCUCUCCUGUUGGUGCCCGCUUGCCAGGGUCACCAUUCAGAAAGGAGGGAGUGCUCCACUCCUCCGUGUACAGCCAAGUGGAGACCAUGGGGUCGGUGGGGGACGUGUUCAGUGACCUGCGGGGGAGGUCGGAGGAUUAGGAGGAGGACCUGCGUGAGGUCCUCUGAGACAGUUCAGUGUACUGGACGGCCUGUUGAAAUACAGAAGUGUGGGAAGAGUCCAUGCCCAGCCAAAUGUCAGCGGGUGUGCACCGAGGGUCGUCCCAGUGAGGACUGCAGCCGGUGUGUGUGUGAUAGCCAUGUGCUGCACGGGGAAGUCCACAGUGUGACUGGUGUCCCUGUGGCAGGAGCCUGGGUGGCACUGGCUAGUCAGCCCAAGGUGAUCCGUGCACGUACAGAUGCCAAUGGUCAGUUCAGGCUCACAGGAGUCUGCUCCUCCAGCUCGAUUUUGAUCUCCAUCAGGAAAGAGAAGUUUGCCCCGAUCACUGUCUCUACCUCCAGUAACACCACAGGGUUGUCCUGGGUACGGGCUGUCCUCAAAUCAGCUGAAAAGCCAUACAUUGUGAAGCACCCAGAGGACAAAGUGCGUUAUGAGGGAGGACGGGUGCUGUUGUGCUGCAAAGCAACGGGAUCACCAGCACCUGACAAAUACUACUGGUACCACAACGGGACUCUGCUGGACAGAAAGGUGUACAAGUAUGAAGAGGACCUUGUACUGCGAGACCUGAAGCUGGAGCAGUCAGGGCAGUACUACUGCAAAACCAGCAGCCCUGCAGGCACCAUCAAGUCCUCUGCAUCCUUCCUCACCGUGAUUGCAAAAGGAACACCAGCAUGCAAUUCCACCCCUGAGAAUCACCUCGUCAGGCUGCCCAUUGACUGUGUUCAGCCCGGGACUGAUUCCAAGUACUACAACGCUGGCCGCUGCCCUCACAACAAAUGUGCUGGCUCCCUAGACUUUGAUAUGCGCUGCAGAGAUGGAGCUGCCUUCUGCUGUGGGGUCCAAAAUAUGGAAAGUAGAAUAAUUGACUGUGGGAGCUACAGCCUCCCUAUCCGGGCUGUGACACAGUGUAGCUGUCAGAAGUGUGUGCAGCCAACUGUGCUUGUUCGUGGUAGAGUGGUCACAGCUGACAAUGAUGAGCCCCUGCGUUUUGGGCACAUCUACAUUGGCAAAGAGAGGGUGGGCACCACUGGAUACCAAGGAAGUUUCACAUUACAAAUUACUCCUGAUACACAUAGGUUAGUGGUAAAUUUUGUUGACCCGACCCAGAAGUUUCUUGACACUCCUAAGGUGUUCAUCUUUGAUAAGAAAGGUGGAUCCAUCUACCAUGAUGUGAAGGUGAUGAGAAAGCAGACACCAAUUGAUAUCAAUGCAGGAGAGACCAACUCUAUCAACCUGGGGGAAAUUAAAGGGGAAGAUCCCAUUGGUCAGUUGGUUAUUCCUCCCCAUUCCUUCCACAAGGACAACGGAGAAAUCUAUGAGGGAACUGUGAAAGCCAGCGUCACAUUCAUUGACCCAAGAAAUAUCACCAUGGCGGCUGCAGCCCCUGGGGACCUCAACUUUGUGGACAAUGAGGGUGACAUGCUCCCUUUAAGAACCUAUGGUAUGUUUUCAGUGGACUUCAGAGAUGAGACCAACAAGGAGGUACUUGGAGCUGGGGCUGUUCAAGUCCUUCUUGACACACAGCACGUCAAAAUGCAAGAGCACAUUCCAAAAAUGAAGCUGUGGUCUUUAAACCCAGACACAGGAGUCUGGGAAGAGGAGAGUGACUUCUCCUACACUACAACUACUGGUGGUCAUGGGCGGAGCAAACGUGAGGAGCGUACUUUCCUCAUAGGCAACAUGGAGAUUAGAGAACGUAGGCUCUUCAAUUUAGAUGUUCCUGAAAACAGACGCUGCUACGUCAAAGUCCGUGCCUACAUGAGUGACAAGUUCCUACCUAGUGAACAGCUGGAGGGUGUUGUGAUCAGCUUGAUAAACUUGGAACCCAAACCUGGUUAUUCCUCUAAUCCAAGGGCAUGGGGGCGCUUUGACAGCGUCAUAACUGGACCCAAUGGGGCCUGUUUACCAGCGUUCUGUGAUGCCCAAAGGCCUGAUGCUUACACAGCUUAUGUCACAGCAAUGAUGGGUGGGGAAGAACUGGAGGCAGCUCCCUCCUCUCCUAAGAUGAAUCCAAACAUCAUUGGAGUGUCUCAACCAUACCUGGAUAAAAUGGACUACCAGCGUUCAGACCACGAGGAUCCCGCUCUGAAGAAAACAGCCUUCAGAAUCAACCUGGCAAAGCCUAACCAAAAUAAUCUUGAUGAGACCAACGGGCCAAUAUAUCCAUAUCAGAAUUUAAUAGCUUGUGAAAAUGCCCCUGUUGAUGCAAACCAUUUCAGAUUCUUCAGAGUCGAAAAGGACAAGUAUGAAUACAAUGUUGUUCCCUUUGAGGAGAAUGAUUUGACGACCUGGACGGGAGACUACCUCUCCUGGUGGCCUAAUCCCCAGGAGUUUAGAGCAUGCUUCAUUAAGGUCAAGAUCCAUGGACAAAAAGAAGUGAUGGUCAGGUCGAGGAAUCUGGGAGGAACACAUCGGGAAACAAAAGGCAAGCUUUAUGGUAUAAGAGACAUUCGCAGCACUCGGGACAUGCGAGAGGCCAACACCUCUGCAGCCUGUGUAGAGUUCAAAUGCAGUGGCAUGUUGUUUGAUCAAGCUGAGGUGGACAGAUCCCUCAUAUCAGUCCUUCCUCAGGGGAACUGUCGUAGGGUUGGCACCAACAACCUCUUACAAGAGUAUCUCAUCAAACAUCCACCGGUCGCUCAAAAUAAUGAGUCUCAUGCAUUCACCAUGCUAGCCCCUGUUGAUCCUUUGGGACAUAACUAUGGCAUCUACACAGUCACAGACCAGAAUCCCAGGGUAGCCAAGGAGAUUGCUAUAGGCCGCUGCUUUGAUGGCACCUCUGAUGGUUUCUCCAGGGAAAUGAAAUCAGAUUCUGGAGUGGCGCUGACCUUCAGCUGUCCAGAGAGGAAAAUUAACAGAGAAAGCCUUUUCCAACGUCUGCAGACCAACCCAGGUCAGACUCUGUCUCAGAUGGCGAGGGACAUGAGGGAGUCAGAAGGUCUGCAGGUGCAGAGAUUACCCACCCAGAUGGUGGCCUAUCCUUCAGACCAGCGGGGCAGGACCCAGAGUCGCAGAGUAAGCUCUACAACCAGAAGGAGAGUGUCCAUGCGCACACAGCAACGCCAAUAGAUGUGCCAAAAGGUCUUCCGUCAAGACUGAUAUGAUGACAUCAAGUUGAGGGAGUAUUGUUGAUGAAUAUGAACUCCCUCUUGACUAUGGAAACCACAAAUCUGAGGCCGACAGCAAUUUGACAAAACCAAUGAGUAUGAUUGAACAUAUUCAUUAGACUUAUACUUACUUGAAAAUGUUGUUAUAUACAUUUCUUCCUUCCCUCCUAAAAGACAUGCAUCUUUUGUCUAUAUGUAAUGCAUUGACUGGCAUUUAUUUAAUUAGCUUUGGUCGUAUGUAUGAAUAGACUAAAUUGACUGAUUAACUUUUAUAGUUCUAAUUUGAGCCAUUCCACUUUCCCAUUGUGGGUGUUUUUGCUGACGUUUCACAACGUUUGAAACCAAACCUCCAAAAACCGUAAAUACUAUGCCAGGCCCCAAACACUUCAUAAUUGGCCAUUGCUUUCCACUGAACUUUUCUUAAAGAUCAGAAAGAAACCAACUUGAGGUCCUUGUUGUCUGCAGCAGACACAGAGCCCUUUACAAACUGGGAAACUCUCUCCACCAAGGGGGCACACACUCAAAAGAGACAUGUUGGGUGCAGUGGGGUGAAGUAUGCCACCUGGCGAACAGAGGAUGUUUUCAGUCAUGCUUCUUUCUUUUCAUUACCAUACCACAUUGCCAACUGUGAUUCAGCCAAACGUCCUUCACACCUACUUAGAAUGUGCAAGACUGAGGCCUUCGCCUAGACAAGCAUGGAUCUCACUUGUGGCAGGCAGUCUAAAAUGAGGAUAGUUGAUGGUAUAGUUGAGGUAUGACAUACUUUCCUUUUGUCCUCUGCACAUUCCAAAUUAGCAUCAACAAACAAAAUGUUACUCAAACUAUAUCUGCCUAAAUAUUUCACUUUCUCUGAAACUGUUAUAGAGACUAAUUCAGGGUCUAAAUUGGCUUUGUUUUUAUUGUUGGGUAAUGUGUUUGUCAGCUGCCUUUGUAUCUUGAAGUGCAAUAACUAUAUAAUUUAACUUAAGAAUGUUUAAAGAUCAGCAUGUUACAAACUAUUACAGUACAUAAAAAAUGCUGCUGGUGAAUGAAGCAGCAACUCUUUCAGUACUUGCGGCAGGUGUUGUGGUUAAGCUGUUUGUAUGAGAUCUUGCACAGGACUCAGUUUGAAUGAUUUUAAGCAAAUAAUUUAACUGCUAUGUCAUGUAAUAAUUCUUCAACUCACUCUCUGAACUAUGUAGAAUCUAUUAACUUUUUUCAUACUUUGCUGCAUGGCUCAGUUGAUUUUACAGUUUGUACACCACAAUAGCGCAAUCUUGUUAGUGGGAGUUAUAACUCUCAGUGGAGCCUUCUCUUCAUUAACAAAACCCACCGCGUGACUCUUACACACGUGAGAGAUAAUUAAAAAGUGACACACUUGAAUUUGCUGUUGUUUUAAGAAAUCCUACCAUUGUGGAAUAGGUGUGUGUGACAAUGGAAGUACAAUAAAAGUAUACAUCUUGAUAGACACUGAGACUGAUUAAAGACUUAAAAAAUACUAGGCUAUUGUAAUUUAGGUCGGUAGAAGCUUGACUCAGUGAUUAAAGCUUCACAAUUGUUAAUCUGCAAAAUGGGCACUUGCAGACCCAUGGGAGAAGUACUUCAAGUUGAACUAAUCCAAAACCAAAUAAGGGGGCGUGCAUGGAGAAACCAGGAGAGCCUGACAAGUAAAUAUAAUCCUUCUGCUAAUUAGAAAAUAAAUUACAUAUUCUCUUGAACUAUUAUAACAGUUUGACCCUGACUUUCACAAACAGCCAAACAAGUUAAUUUCUAGGACACAAAGGAUUAAGUUAAGUAAUCAACAGUACAGUGGACCCAAGAAGAUUAAUGGUCUAACAUAUUUACCAUCAAAAUGGCACCCAGCCGAUUGUACAGUUAACUUUUGAAGGUGUUUUUUAUUCCUAAUGUGCAACAUAUGCAUUGUUUAAUGUGUGCUAAAAGGUGACAAUGUGAAGUAGUAUGUAUAAAUACAGCCAUAUAUUGUAAUCCUACACUUGUAUUUAGCCCCACUUCGAUGAACAGUCUCUUUCCAUUAAGCCCCAUGAGCAGCGCACUCUAGACAAACACUAAAAACAGAGUAAUAUAGGGUGACAACACAUGGUACCUUCUACAUUAUCACUGACCUCUCUAACCACAGGCCUCUGGGCCAUCCAUGACUGAACAGUUCAGAUCUCCAGAUGAAAACAAACAUCUCCCUGCAGCAGAUGUAGCAUCCACUCUGUAAGAAAGAUGAUGAUUGAGUCCAGGUGUGGGAAGAGAUAAGUCCUAUAAAAAUGCAAUGGUGUGUGAGGUCAGCUGAGGAGGCCCAACAGCUGUAGAGCAACUGGAGGAAAUGUUAGACCAAAGACAUCAAGAGAAAAAGGAGCAAGAUUAUCUAGUGAUGGAUUUAAUCAUUUUGGGGUACUGUUUGGUAAAUGGAAAAAAGAAAGGGAAAAUAUUAGUAGUCUUUGGCCUCACAGCCCAUCACUUACAGAAUAUCAGGCUUCGAAAGUGGUUGCACAUGGAAGAAUGCAGGUUUCUGGAGGAGAAUGCUUUGACAGGAGAAUUGGCUUAUUCAUGAGGAGAAGUUAUCAGGGGAGUUUGAAGGACAAGGUAACAAUAAUAGACUGAGUAAACCAUUAUAUAAGGCUUUGCAUGGGAAAGUAAGCUGGGUUCUCCAAACAGUUACUUCGUCUUCUGGGAAACUUCAAAGGAGAUUAAAAAAACCUCUGCAAUGUUUGGUUUAAUGAUUUGUGAAAAAAUUCCAAAACCUUUAGAAUCAAAUAAAACACAUUGGAAAGAUUAUUUUUUAUAGGAAAAAAGUUUUAUCAUAUUGAAUCUCAGUGGGAAUGGCAGCAGUAGUAGCAACUAUUUCAUUUUACAGGGAUUCAGUGAUCUCACAGAUAUGGCUUAAUGGAGCUUUGUGUAUUUUUGUUUUACACUUUCAAAGGAAUAGUUUGACAUUUUGGUAAAUAUACUUAUUUGCCUUCUUGCUGAGUUAGAUGAUAAAAUCAAAUUGCACUCCUAUCUAUGUCCAUUAAAUAUGAAGCUACAGCCAGUAGCUUGUUAACUUAGCUUAACAUAAGGACUGGGGAACUGGAAACUGCAACAUAGAAGCAAGGCAACUUUACGGUGACAUCAGGACAGGUUGUUUUCACACUUUUGCACAGAUAAAAAAGAUAUAACAUGUUCAUUAGUAAGCUUUCACGGUGCUUGUAGACAAAUUUUGUUACCUUUGGAAAAAGCCAGGCUGGCUCUUUUUAGCUGUCUUUAGGCUAACCAUGACAUGAGGGUGGUACUGAUUGUCUCACCUAACUCUCUGCAAGAAAACAAAUAAAUGUAUUACCUAAUUAUUAUCUACCUAAAACAAAGACAGUAUGCUAUUGUUACUGUUUUUUAAAGAUAUUUUUGGGGCUUUCGUUCCUUUAUUUGAUAUGACAAUUGAAGAUAAGACAGGAAUGGGGGGAGAAAGAAGGCAUGCAGAAAAGGGCCACAGGUGGGAAUUAAACCCAGGCUCUACCAGGUGAGCUACCAUGCACCCCUACUCUUUCAGUUGUAGCCCUACUGUCUUGAGUGCUUGACAGUUGGUAUUUUUGAGGGUAUUGUCAUCCCCCUAGACUUACUUGCUAUAGACAGGGGCUGUUUUUCUAACAACUCAAAUUGGAAAAAGGAAUCUGGUGAACCUGAUGUUGCCUCGUUGUCACAGAAUUUCAGUAGGUACAUGUAUUGCUCACUGGCACCAUUUAACUUUGGGGCAGAGAAUAACAAGACUCUCACAGUAACUUAAGCAUGAACAGAUUAAUCAAUUUUCUCUUCUGUACAGUCCAACUGGUCUCAAGGAGAUCCCAAUUUAUUUGAGAGGUCAUCCUUGAACAUUAACAUCCCUUUCUGGUAUACAAAGAGAGUUGUAUAUGUGGCACUGUGCUCCAAGAAGCCAACCUGAGCUCCAGUAAAAGAAUUACAUAAAUUAACUCCUGAUAAUUCUCUGUAGACGCUUAACUAGUGCAUGGUGAUGCCAAUCUCUUGUUUCUCUCUGAAUUAAGUUUUUAUGUGUAAAUUGUGUAUUGUAUGAAAUUUACUAUAAUUGUAUGAACAAAAAAAUGUAAAUAAAUGAUUUUGUGUAAA